ACCAGCGGUGCGGCCAUGGCGUCCACUACGGGUGCGUCGGCGGCCGGCAAUGUGACCGACUUGUUAACUAUAUUUAGUCGGAUCAGUUGGCAUUGGGCGCCGGCAGCCCAAUUGCACGCCGACCAGGAGCUGGGUCUUAACGGGUCGGCGCUGUCGGCCAACGGGACCGACACGUGGAACACAUCCCUGCCAUUAGUCGACUGUCAAUCAACGCUCAAAUGUCUGAACAAUUGGCUUAAUUACACGCAAAGUGAGAACAACCCAAUCGACGACAGAGCCGUUAAUUUGUCCAAAAGUGUCGACUCUAUGGACGCAAACAUAUCGGCAAACAUCACAUUAAGCCCACUCUCCGGCUAUCCAUUAGAGAACGAGUCAUUAAGUCCGACAACAAUCGCAACAAUACUGACACAGAAUAGCACUAAAAUAACGCACAUUAUUCUGGAGCCGGAUCUCCGUAUUCAUCAUCCCUUCCUCGCCGUCAUUUUGGCCAUCAUUUGUGUGAUCGUUGUCUUCGGAAAUACUCUAACAAUGCUUAGUGUUUAUAGAGAAAGAUAUUUACAUACAGUGACCAACUAUUUUGUCGCCUCUCUGGCGGCGGCCGACUGUCUCGUCGGCGCUAUUGUUAUGCCCUUCUCUGUCGUCCACGAAGUGAUGAACAAGUGGUGGAUCUUCGGUCAGGACUGCUUUGAUGUAUUGGCCAGUUCUGCAUCCAUUCUCAAUCUCUGUGUCAUCUCAUUAGACAGGUAUUGGGCUAUAACUGAUCCAAUGACAUAUCCAUCGCGAAUGACACCCAAUAAAGCGGCCAUUUUUAUAGCAUCUCUAUGGAUCUGUUCGGCGCUCAUCUCAUUUCCAGCUAUUCUCUGGUGGAGAGCCGUCCUAAAGGAACCGGUGCCGCCAUUCCGUUGUCAAUUCACAGAUGAUGUCGGAUAUCUCGUAUUUUCAUCGACGAUAUCAUUUUACGGUCCACUCAUGGUUAUGGUGUUCACAUACUAUCGCAUAUAUGUUGUCGCCAGCAAACAGACCCGGAGCCUGAAAUUGGGGGCCAAACAAAUCCACUCAUCAGGCGAUACGUCCGGUAAUAACAAUGCAAUCACAUUACGUAUGCAUAGAGGAGGCAAAGCUAUAGCCAACUCUGCGCUCAAUAACUGUCGGCCCAAAUAUUCCGGCGACUCUUCCGAUGAACACAAUCAGGAUUUCAUUACCGCCGACGAGAAUGGCUUAGAAAAGUGUUCAUCCAUUAGAAGCAGAAAUAUGAAGACUAAUUGUGGUAACCUGGCUCGGUUGGUUGAACAGUGCGAUGAACCCGGUCAUUUACGCGUGUUGGUCGCGGGAUUUCAGGCGCGCCUUCCGACGGAUCCUAUGCUCGUGCUGUACGUCAGCCCACAAUCGCCGCAAUAA